AUGAAGGCGCUUGACGCACAGGGCGUGAUUCUUCACAUCCUUCGCACUAAAGUCGUCGAGUUCCAGACCAAGUACCCUUCGGUGAGGGAAAAGUCGGCAGCUUCGAUUGCUGCUAUUCAUCUCGAGAACCAGAAGCGGAUCCAAACGGACUUCAUUAAGACCAAGGAAUUGGAGGUUGGAGAGGCGCUGGCGGUUUUCGAUUCACACCUCACGGCUCUGGCGGCUAGACUUGAGGAUCACAUCAAACGCCCCUAUUCUGAUCCUGAUUUGGCGAUUUCUGAUGUCGCCAAAGAGAAAUUCAGGAAAAUCAAGGUUCAGUGCAUCGAGAGGGCUAGAUCCGAUAUCGCCACCGCCAAGGACGACAUCAAAGUUCAGGAGUUGUUGAGGCAGAAAUCCCAUGAAGCCGAGGAGUUGAAGAAAUCUGCUGCUGCUGAGGAGAUGGUCGGCAUGGAACCUAAGUUGACUAUCGACGAGAUCGUACGGAAGCAGGUACAGAAGGCGAAGGUCGAAAGCCGCAAGGAAUUGAAGGCGGAAUUUGACGCCGCCCUAUCUGCCAAGCUAAAGUCGCUCGAGCUGGACAAGCAGGAUGUGAAGUCAACCCCCGCUGCUGCUAAUUCGAAGCCUAACAAGGCCAAGAAGAAGCGUGGCGGUAAGAAAAAGAAAGCCGAUGUCCCGGCGGACAGCAAUGGGAAGGGCCGUGAAGCUUCACCAGCACCAUCCUCGAAGAACGCCUGGGCUCCAAAAAACGGCGGAGGCGGCCCUGCAAAAGGGCCGCCAAAGAAGAAGUAA